UGUGGGUCGGGUCAAAUCCAAAACGGAUCCAACAAUGAAGCCACUAGCACUGUAGUAUCUUCUCCACUUCUCCUUUCCAAUCAAUCUCAACCUUGACCAAUGUAUUGCAGAGUUGUUCUCCACUCCUACCCAACGGUCGUAUUCCCUUCUCUCUCAUCCCACCACACCUUCAAAACCCAAUCCCCUCCAUUCUUCAGACUCCAAUUCACCCCAAACUUCUCUCACCAUGGACCACAACUCUCUCUCAAUCAAACUCUGUUAAGGCCCCAAAUCAAAUGUACAGAAGACACUGGCGCUAGUACUGGAAAUUGGGAUAAAUGGAUACCCAAAAAUAUUGUUUCAGCUGAUAAGGUUCUGAGAUUGAUCUCUGGUGCAACCUCCAGUCCCAUUUUUCAGUACAUAUCAUCUCCGACUACGUGCUUGCAUUCUGUUGAUCCCAGAAUUAAAUGGGCAUGGCUCCUUGCUCUAGUUAUUUUACCGGCAAGGUCAAAUAUGAUGAUACGUGUUGGAUUAAUCACCUACUUGGCUCUAGUAUCUGUUUGGGUUCUCCCUACACCUGUGUGGAGGGAUCAAUUGGGAAGAGUGUCGCUGCUAUGUGGGAUUUUAUUUAUAAUGUUGGGUUUGGGUACAGAUGGCGUAACUCCUCUUGGCCAGUUAAGAAGCCCACCACCUUCAUUGAUUGGAUUGCCGAAUGUUCCAACAUCUUUCGAAGGCUAUUCGUAUGUGAUAAUGAAGUUAGGACCAUUACAACUUACAAGAAAGGGCUUGUCAGUAGCAAGUACAUCUGCUUGUUUAGCCUUCUCUAUCUUCCAGAGUGUGAACCUCUGCCUAACCACCACAACCCCUGAGCAGCUUGCAUGGGCUUUGCAAUGGUUUAUGCUUCCCUUGAUAAAUUUCGGUGUUCCAGUGGCCGAAGUUAUUCUUACUCUCCUACUUUCAUUGAGGUUCAUCAAUCUGGUCUUUGAUGAGGUUCGAAAUCUUGCAUUGGGGAUUGUAUCUCGUAGGGUAGAUUGGAAACUGUUGACUAUUAUGGAGACUAUUGAUAUUUUCUUUACAUACAUUCGUCAGAUCUUCAAAAAUAUUUUUAACCAUGCGGAGCAGAUAUCUCAGGCAAUGAUCGUUAGAGGUUUUCGAGGUGACGGCAAUGCUCACAAAAUUUACUUCUCUUCGGACACGUCUAUUGGGAUGGCAGAUAUUCUUUCCUUGCUGUGCCUUAUUGGUCUUAUAGGGGCCGCUGCAGUGUCAAAUACUUAAUUAUGUGAAUGCCCAUAAGUCCAUCCCCAUUAUUCUCUCAUAUUUUUAUUGAUACUUACACUCACACACCCAGAACAAAGUCCAAUCGAUUCAAGUCGGUUGGUCAGUCGAACAAACGAAGACUAUGCGAUCAUGUUGUUUGCUUCUAUAGUUGUUUUGGUAUUUUUUUUAUAAAUCUGUGAAGUUGUUCAAUUGAUCUAUCAAGCAAAGAGUUAAAAGAGUUAAAAGAGUUUGAAAAGUUAUUCCUCAUUUUAGUUGGUCUCUGUGGCCAGAGGAAAGCAUUGUAAUGGCAUUUCAUCUAUUGUUGCAGAUGUAAUGUAACUAACAUUUCUACUCUGGCUAUCUUUAUUUGUCUCUUUUUUGGUCUA